AUGUCCACAGUGGGUUCCGCAAAUUCCUCCUCACGUACAUCAAUAGUCAAUGCUUUUGAUCUUAUUGUAUGUCCCAUUUGUUCCAAAGAAUUUCACAAUUUACAAAAUUUGAAUAACCAUUUAGAUGUCGACCAUAACCUUGCUGAUCAUGCCAAUACCACUUCGCCAAGUAUACCGACUAAUGGACUAGGAGAAACUCCAAAGAAAAAGAGGGGUAUAAAGCGAUCACACUGGAAGACUCCACGAAGAGAUAAAGAUAAUUUAUGCCACGACUGUGGGGGGACGUUGACGAAGCCAACAGGGAUGGUAAACUGUCCUAAAUGUGGCGAAUUAUAUUGUAAACGACAUUGUAAAAACAUUAUGAAAUUGAAUUUAGAUGCCGAAUAUGAUGUUAAUAAUGGGUCAUGGUAUAAUUGCUGUUAUGCAUGUUUUUCUUCAAGACCUGGAUAUAAUGAUUUUGGAGCCUCUGUAGACUUAACAUUUAAAUUUGAAAAACUGCGAAGUUCUAAAAGUGAAGACAAGAGAUUAAGACUCUUACAAUUGGAAAAUAGGUUAGUACGCCUUAUCGACGGGAUUAUUUCCAUCUAUGAAAAUUAUAAAGGGUCACUGCUGAUGCAAUUCCGAAUGAAUACAGCUAUUUUCAAUUUUGAAUGUUCUGUGGCCCCAUGGAAGGAUGAUUUAGCUACAACAGAAUGUAAUAUAUGUGGUCAAAAAUUUACUGUAUUAUUGCGGAAACAUCAUUGCAGGUUAUGCGGUAAUGUAGUGUGCGAUGAUGAAAGUACUAAUUGUUCUACUAAUAUUCCAAUCACGUCAUUAAUACAACAAGCACAGAAUCUCCCAUUCCAAAAAGCCAAUGCUACAGAUUUAUCUGAUGCAGAUCUUAAAUUAAGGAUAUGCCGACAGUGUAUUGAAACUGUAUUUAUUGGCAGAAAAUUUGCAUUAGAUAUACAAGCUGCGAAAUCAGCUAUUCUUCAAAAAUACGAAAGUAUAAGUAAUUUAUCAGGAGCCAUAGUGGCCAGUUUACCUGAAUUUAUGUCUUUAUUAAGAAAAAUUGAAGGGAAUAAAGAAGAGAACGAACUUUCUAAUGAAAAUGAUUUAAGAAAUUUAUCCAAGUUACGUGAAAAAUUAUUAAAAUUAUUUGCAACGUAUAGUACUUUGAACAGACAAAUCAAUGCUUGUUACCCGAAAAACAAUUCAGAGAGAAGAAUCCAAGAAGCCAUCCAAAUAACAGCAUCUCAAUUCAUUAAUGACAAUGUAUUGCCAUUGAAGGCAAUCCCAUCAGCGCUGAAUCCUGCAGCAUAUGACGCAAGACAAGACCAAAACUUUGGAGAAAGCAAGAAACUUUCCUCUGUAUUAAAUAAAUUGACAAUUAAAGAGGUCAAAGAGUAUCGUGAAGAAUUGAUGGUACUGAAGGAGCAGAUAUUUAUCCUAGAAGAAUCCUUGACAAAUGCCAAGAUACAACGUAAAUUUGAUGAAGUUACCAUUUUACACACAAAUUUAAAAGAGUUGAAUGAUAGGGUUAAAGAAAUUCAGGACAUGCUUGGCGAUGAGGGCUUUUUGUAG